GCAAGCGUCGUCAGGCAGGCCGAGUCAAUAUCAAUUGGGCAGGUAGGUACAGGGGGAGCAAGCGGAGAAUGGUCGGGGUCACAGGCCAGGUUCAGCAGGUAGCAAGCAGCGUAGUACAGAGGGUCAGGCAGAGGGUAGCAAAGGAACAGAAACAGGAUGCAGGACAGAUACAGGGCCCAGGACAAACACAACACCAAGGCAGAGUCUGCAAGUCUGGCCAUCCCUUAAAUACACCAGUAUCAUCAGUUCCAGGUGUUAGCUGGCUGAAAGGUUGAGUCUCUGAUUGCUGGGAGCACCCGCUGGCCAGCCCUGGUACUGCAGAUCAAAAGGCAGGUGAGUCCCACCAUUGCUGGCCAGUCCAUUCCUGACACUUUUCUU